AUGGACAACGCGACGUUCUCGGGGUUACUUACCGAAUUCAACAUUGCAGAUGUGUCUGAUUAUCUCAUUGAGUUGAACCUCAACUUGACCAAUCAUACCCCUGGUGAUCAGACGGAAUCAUCAUCAGCAGCAGCAUCACUAUACACCGUGUCCAUUGGUCAACUAACGCAGUUGGUUGAAAAGCUAAGACAAGAUCCCAUUCAAUAUUCCAAUGUCUACAAACUCGUGUCGCAGAACGUCGCGUUAUGUAUGGCUCAACAACCAUCUUGCGUGUACGAUUUUGCAAACUCUCUAUUGGGCCAUAUAUCUGAAGAACCAUGUAUUGCUAACGUGAUAUUAAUAGACUUGUUUGAAAGGUUCCCUCAUAACUUGGGCUCGUUGGUGACAUUCACUGUGGCUCAAAUCUACAAGCUUUUAAAGAAAUGUCCUUCUCCAAGUAGUAACCAGUUGGUGGUACUUAUGUCUGUACUCGUAAAGAUUGCUGCUAAAUCAGAUAUCAAUGACAAAAUGUUGGCCAAAUUGACGAAAUUGGUCACUAAAGGUAUUUUACUGCCAUCGGACCACAUUCAACUUGAUGUUUAUCUUGAUGCAAAAGAUGCCAAUGCCACAACGGUGUUGGUCAAACGAGCUUACAUCACCACCUUGAAGAAUCUCUUGUCAUUCUCAGUAUCAAGUAAUUAUGAAUCGUUGUUGGCCCUUUCAACUUCUUCAACCAGUGCUGGUGCCAGAAUAAAACCAGAGCAAAUAGUCACCCAACAGAACCAAUUCCAAAACACAAUGCUUACAACAAUGGACAAAGUGCUCAUGUAUGGGUUAUCCCAUCCUCAUUCGGAGAUAAGAGUUGCAACUGUUGAUUUACUUGCGUCUAUAUUGGUGAACUUGGUGGAUACUCAAAAGUUUGAUGGGAUUGAGUAUCUUAUUGAUAAGUACCCCCUUCCCAAACCUAAUCAUCCACCUGGAUCAACAAACGGUGAAGAUUAUGCUGCUAUUGCUUCUUCCUCUUCCUCUUCAGGAGAAGACGAUAAAACAGCUUUCACAACCUUGCUUACUCAAACAUCCGUGGCUGAGUGCAUCGUCUUUUACAUUCAGUUGCAACAACUCCAAAAUCAAGAUUAUUUGGCCAAAAAUAUAACAACUAUAUUGGACAAAAUCCUUGCCAAAUUUUCUUCUGUCAAUACCAAUGAUCAUCUAAUGAACAGCCUUUGGUCAAAGACUUUGGAACAUUGGAAAACAGUCAUAGCAUUUAUUAUCAACGAAUCAGGUCUCCGUUCCUACGAAGGGUUGGUUAACUAUCUUGGAUCUAAAUUCUUGGGUGUGGAAGGUCAAGGUGGUGAUCAACAAGUUACCGAUAGAGAUAGUAGACUUAAGAAGAAGGAUACGACUAUUUUUGGGUUCAAAACCUCAAAAUCAAAGUCCCUGAAGAGUAAGGACCUUUGGAAUUUCAAGCCUUAUCACAAUCCUUAUCACUGUGGGUUAUUACUUUAUACAUACCAACUGUUAAUUCCCUUUGGAGCCAAACUUAACGAGUCCAGUGGUACUAAAGAUGGAGCAUCUACUGACGAAACCGAAUUGUCACAGGAGAAUUCCUUCUAUAAUAUCUUGUUGAACCUCUUCAUGAAUAACAAUCAAUAUAUUCGGAACUUUGCAUUGGAAACCUUUCUACAAUUCUUCAAGGGUAAUAAUGCCCCAGUUAAUAGUUUGAUUAUCACUAUUUUCAAUCUUGUGAGCCAAUCUUUCAAAGCUAAAACCGAUGAGAAGAUGGUCAAUGGAAAGGAUAAUACAACGUCACUGUCUUCAAUAAAAUUGAUGCAAUAUUCUUUGGUUCUACUGUCUUUAUUGAAACAAACUGAUGCAUUUGUUUUACAAUCUUCCACAUUAGUGAAGAUCCUAAGUUUCUGUACCCAAAACUUGAAACAUACAGCAACUGGGUUGAAAGCUGCAUCGUGUUGGACCAUACUUGCUUCGGUUGUUACAUUCUUUGAGACUAAUGAAUUUGUCAAGUUAAAUUCUUCACAACUUUUGGUGUUUUGGAAGGGUUUAUUAACGUCUCAAUUUAUACCACUGAGUACUGAAGCUAAUGACCAGCUUGCAGAAAUUUCAGGCAAUUUAAGGGCCAGAAAUACCAGUUUAAUAUGUCUUAUAAACUACCUCACAACUGUUGGUAGCAAUAGCAACGCGGCUUCUGAUCAAUUGAAGCAUACCCAGUUCUUAUUGGCCAGAGCAUAUAAUUAUGUUACCUAUCUUGAAAGUAACAUCGAAGGGUUGAGCAACAUCACUAACUUUGAUACUUCUGCAACAGAAGACUUCUUGACCAAUGUUCAAGUAGUAGAUAAUUUGCAAUUCAGUGAUUAUGGGAACUCAUAUAACAUUUCUUCAACGAGUGUUUUAGCAAGUCUUAUUCUUUACAGCAAGAAGUUGAUUUUAUUUGGGUUUUCAAUACUAUCGACCAAUUUGAAGCAUGAAAUCAAUUCCAACUUGGUGAUCUUUUUGGUAAAACUCAUCAGUGAUCCAAAGCUAUUCUGCUUCACCAAUUCGCUGACUUCAGACCUCAAGAAGGUCAAAUCUGCUGAGACCUCAGAUCCAAAGCUUACUCAUCCGUACUUGGACAACCCGACAACUAUUUCGUACGGUACUACAACCAAAUACACUGGAAUUGGUGAGGAUAUUGAUAGUUUAAACAUGGUGCCAGUCACUCCAGUUUCCACAGUUCCAUAUGAUUAUAACAUCAUUAAUGGAGACGUUUUCAAAGCUUCUGAGGGUACUCAUUGUCUUCCAUGGUACUUUGUCUUUGAAAAAACUAUUUUCACUCCUGCUGCUCACUCCAUAGUGUUUGAUCCAGCAGUCCUUCUAUUUGCCGAAUACUCCAAAUUUGAAAAGUUUUCCCCUUGUUUGGUAACAUCUUUAAUUGACUAUUCUAUUGAGUUAUUUCAGCUUGUGUUCCCCACACUUAGCGAGAAGAUCCAAGUCUCUCUAUUAGAACAGUUGAAGAACUCUCUCACAGCUAAGGAUGUGAGCCACCCACUGAGAGCUAUGGCUAUUGCUAUUAACAUUUCCAUUGCUCUUGAAGGUGUCGCACUAAAUUUAAUGAAGAAGCCAAUUGAUAAAGAGACUGUACUUUCAAUCAUGGACAUCUUAAGUUUGUUAAAUGAAAAGGUACCCUUCAUGAUAGACACAAACACCAAGACAUUUGGAAGAUGUUCUACUCUUCUUCCUGUCAAGUUGGUACAAGAUGAAAUAGAUAAGUUGAUUGGGAAAAUUGUUAAUAACACCGACCCACAUAUCCGUGGAAGCUCAGUGUUAUCAUUAGCUCAGGUGUCAAGAUUUUCAGGUAUAGGGUUCCUGGAAACCUUUAAUGUUGUCGUCCAAUUACUUGGAGAUCCAAACCCUGUGGUAUACCAUUUCACAUUAAAAGCUACAGCUAUGCUCUUUGUUGAUGGCAUAGACAAUAUCACUUCUAUUUCAGCCAUAUUGGAAAAAAUUUAUACCAACUUCUUUUCCUGGGAGUUUGAUAAUGAGAGAAAGAAUAAAACAUUGACUGGCUUGGGAGUUUUAUAUCCAACAAGCAGUGAAAUUGGUAACUUGAUCCAGACCAUUGUUGCGUCUUUAGGUCCAAGUCUUCGAGAGUUGCCUAUUAGCAGAAGACAUGAACUUCGAAACUUGAUUGUCUAUUUCAGACUAGGAGUUGGUUGCAGUACCGGGCAAGAGAUCUUGGACGUUUACAGAUGCCUAUUGGAACUUUCUAAAGAGUUGAUAAUAUUUGAUAAUACGUUGAUUGAAUCGGAAGUUGACUUCUUUUCGAAUUUGGUCAAUUUUGUAAUAACAAACAAUAUUAAAGUUGGAAUUGCAACCGAAUGCAGUGUGUCUCUUUCCAAUGAGGCAGUAUUUCCCUUCAAUACAAGUUCCGUACUAUACGAAACAGCCUUUGGGUGCUACACUGAACUAUUGAAGCUUUUUGGUACCAAGUUUUUGAACAAACAAAGAGCUGAAUUGUUGUGGAUUUGUAUGGCUCUCAAACCAUGCAAUGAUCUCAAAAGUUUCAUUGGUCUUUGGUUGGAUAGCAACUCGGAAAUGAAUUGGUUCAAGACACUAAACUCCAUCUUCAAGUAUUCUGUAAAGAAACUUGUGAGUCCCUUCAUUGAGAACACUUACUCAUUGAAGAUGCUCCCAUUACAACAAAGACAAAAGCAGCUACUGCAGACCAAGAAGAUAGAUUUGACGGAUGAAGAAGUGGAGAAUAUCGUUGCACUGGUGGACAUUAGUGACGAUUCUAACAUGGAGCAAGUGUCAUGGGAAUUCAAGUUAUUUAUCUUUGAAUUAUUGAAUAAGCUUCUUCAAUUAGCUGGGAAAUCACCCACCCUAUUAGAUCAAUUGAAGAGCAAGAUUUCGGAUAUAAUUAAGAUUUCGUUCACGGCCUCAAGCAGCUCAAUCACAUGCAUCAAGCUCAAUGGUCUUCUGUUGUUGGAUAAAUGUUUAAGAUUAUUUGGAACGUUGGAAGAUCCCAUGUACCCUGGCACCUCCAUAUUAGAUCAACAACAAGCCCAAAUCAUCAGUGCUCUUGUUCCAUGUUUCAACUCAGAUAGCAGUGCAGAUAUUAUUGUUUCGGCUAUCAAUGUUUCAUCCAAGUUUAUUAACUUGCCUCGGAUAAAGUUCUACUCCAAAAAGAGAAUCUUGAAGACUUUAAUGAACCUUCUUGAAGAAGUGUCGUCCAACAAGUACAUCACCUUUGCUUCCAUAGAAGAUAUGUCUGAGAUGGAGAAGAAGUCACUUCAAUUAUCCAUUCUUAAUUGUUGGGCAUUAUUAAAGUUGGGAGUAGAAGAUCAAACAAAUGAUGAUCAAGUUGAAGAUGAUUCGGAAGAAGGAGAUAAUAAUCUUGUGGCUACGCUUGAGAAGUACUCUCAUUUGUUGAACCCCUUGUGGAUCCUCGCCUUGAAAGAUUUCUCUUCCUUGAAACACCAGCCUCUAUCCACCAGAGAGAUUGACAUCUACAAUGGGUACUGGAUUAACUUCGUGAUGGUGUUAUGUCUUGAAAUGGAAAAGAACUCCGAGUUCACAAGCACGUAUUUGAAGGAAGACGAAGCCAACUUCCUUUUCAUUUUGUUCAGUGAAUGCAUUGAGUCUUUGAUUGCUGGUAAAAGAGUCCAGGAAACCUUGCGUUCUGUGCUUCGAUUGAUGCAGAGCAAAGCUUUAGUGGAUAUUAUCUUUAACAAUGAAGUGUUUUCAGAAACCAUUGAUCUCUUUGAUCGUUUGCUCUUGAUUGAAGACGAUACAGAAAUCCAAUGUGAAGUGGUAGACAUUGUUCGUUGCCUUUUUGAUACUGGGUUUGAACAGUUCAAAGAUGAUAUUGACCAAGUGUUUGAUAAGCUCUUUGAAUUGACUAGAGUUUGUUUGCUUCCACUUUUCAACAUCUUACCGUUCCUAAGAGUUGACUAUGAUCCUGAAAAUCAGGUGACCAAGUUGGCCUUGAAGCACGCUGACUCUGCUUCCCAUUUGGUUGUGUUGAAGAAGGUUUUGAUCUCAUUGUUGGAGAUGAUCAACCAUUUUGAUGAGAUCGUAAGAGUAGACUUAUACUCGUGUGUGCUCUUCAUCUUUUCCCGGAUAUACGAAUUUGGGAAUGAACUUCUUGUUGCUGUUGUCUUACCUCAUUUGAAACAAGUUGUGACUGAAGUCAAGGCACUUGCUAAUGAGAAUGAGCUUUUAAACACUUUCUACGGUGUCAUUCUUCCCUUCCUAAGUCGCGAUAAGAAUUUCAGUGUGCUUACACUUGUCAUAUUGGUAACCAGUGGUGAACUUGAGAUUGACGAGACAACUUCAACAGAUAUGGCCAACGGAUUGUUGGAAUUACUUAGUACAAAUCCGGGGCUAAGCAUCCAAUGUAUCAAGUCCUUGAUUGCCGUUUCAGCAAUCCGUCACGAGUUGUCGGUAGUCAAAUUUGUGGUUCAAAGUGCUGUCAAAUCAAUUGUUAAUGGUGCUGAAACCAGACAAAACCCCCAGGUAUUGCUUGAAGUGCUUUUCCUUUAUUCACAACUGAUAGCUUCCGAUUCUACAAAGUCUGAAGCCCUUUAUGGUCUUCUUGUUCCACUUCUUGUAUCUUUCCAAGAGGCUUCGACUUUAAGCAGAGAGUAUUUAAGAGAGAAGCUUUUGUUUUUGGUUUCCCAAAACCCUGAAAGCUUCAAACUGGUUGUGUCACAACGACUCACAGAUACCCAGAGAGCCUAUGCACAGGAGUUGAUGAGCACAGCUGCUCCCCAAACUCAAGUGGUUGAUGAAGAUCAUGUUAUUGAGUUGAAGACUUUUGGAGUGUAA